AUGUCGGGCGGACACCUGUCCAAGGAGUUCUUCGAGCUGGUCAAGUCGAUCGGCGAGAGCAAGUCGAAGCAGGAGGAGGACCGCAUCAUCAUCCAUGAGGUGGCGCAGCUCAAGCGCAAGCUGAGCGAGGUGACGGCCACGUCCAGCACGUCCAGCAGCCUCGUCAACAAGCGCAAGCGCGAGUUCCUCAUCCGCCUCAUGUACGUGGAGAUGCUGGGCCACGACGCGUCCUUCGGCUACAUCAAGGCCGUGGAGAUGACGGCCAGCACCAACCUCAUGCAGAAGCGCGUGGGCUACCUCACGUGCAGUCUGUGCCUGUCCCCGACGCACGAGUUCCGCUUCAUGAUCAUCAACCAGCUGCAGCGAGACCUGCAGAGCUCCAACCACCUCGAGGUCUGCGCGGCGCUCAUGGCGGUCUGCAAGCUCGUGACGGUGGAGAUGGUGCCGGCCGUGCAGCCCAUGAUCCUCGACCUGCUGCGCCACGACGCCGAGCUCGUGCGCAAGAAGGCGGUGAUGGCUAUCCACCGCUUCCACCAGCUCAACCCGGACUCGGUCAGCGAGGCGGGAGAUGCUCUGCGCCGCACGCUGUGCGACCGCGACCCUAGCGUCAUGGGAGCCACGCUCUGCAUCCUGCACGACUUGGCGGAAGCCACCCCCACGGACUACAAAGACCUGGUGCCUAGCUUCGUGAGCAUUCUCAAGCAGAUCACGGAGCACCGGCUGCCGCGCGAGUUCGACUACCACCGCAUUCCGGCGCCGUGGAUCCAGAUCCGUUUGCUGAAGAUCCUGGCUCUGCUCGGUCAGGCGGACCAGCAGACUAGUGAGGGCAUGUACGAGGUGCUGCACGAUGUCAUGCGCCGUGCUGACACUGGGAUCAACGUGGGCUACGCUAUCAUUUACGAGUGCGUGCAGACUGUGACGACCAUUUACCCGAACAGCACGCUGCUCGACGCGGCGGCUGCUAGCAUUUCGCGCUUCAUAUCGAGCGACAACCACAACCUGAAGUACCUGGGUGUUACGGGACUUGCCGCUAUCGUGAAGGACCACCCGCGCUACGCUGCGGCGCACCAAAUGGCGGUGAUUGACUGCCUUGAAGACCCGGAUGAGACCCUCAAGCGCAAGACGCUGGACCUGCUGUAUCGCAUGACCAACCCUGUGAACGUCGAGUUCAUUUCCGACAAGCUCACCCAGUUCCUCCGUGAAGCCUCGGACGUUUUCCUCCGUACUGAGCUUGUCUCGCGUAUCACGCAGUGCGCUGAGCGUUACGCACCGAGCAACGCUUGGUACAUUCAGACGAUGACUAACGUGUUCGAGCUGGGCGGAGACCUCGUGCGUCCUGAGGUGGCACACAACUUGCUGCGUCUGAUCGCAGAAGGAAGCGGUGAAGACGAAGACCAGGACAUGGAACUGCGCCGUGAUGCCGUGGACACGUACCUGGAGCUUCUGGAGCGCCCCGUGCUUCCUGACAUUCUGGUUUGCACUAUGGCCUGGGUUCUUGGCGAGUACGGCUACCUCUCGGAUGCCAUGGAACUCGAGGAGAUCUGUGAGCGUCUCGUGGAGCUUGUCGACCGCCCCUUCGACCAGGAAGACACCACGCGUGGUUACGUGCUCUCGGCUGUGACGAAGAUCACGGCUCAGAUGGGUCACACUAUUGAUGUGGCCGAUGCUAUGAUGGACAAGUACAAGACCAGCCGUAGCACGGAUCUGCAGCAGCGCUGCUUUGAGUACCUGGCGCUUACCAAGAACUUUGCUCUCAUGAACGAGGUGUUCCCGGAAGACGCGAGCUGCGAAGACAUUGAGGUGGACCCCAACCUCUCGUUCCUUACGAGUUUCGUGGAGAAGGCGGCUGCGCAGGGCGCACCGCUCUACGACCCGCCUGAGGACUCGGACGAUGAAGAGGAGCGCUAUGGCCACCGCCGUAACGGUGGUGACUCGAACCGCCUGAACUUCGAGGCGUACAAGAAGCCUGAAAUCCCUUACCCGACCAAACUUCCCCCUGCCGAUCAGCAGGGCGCCUUCGGAGUCAACAAGUGGGGCGGUGCACCUGCUGGGCCUGGUGGCAUGCUCGGAAUGGGAAGCUCCGGUGGUCCGGACCCUACCGGUGGUUUUGGUGCUGGCAAGCGUGGAGUUGUCAAGAACGUGUGGGGCCCCACAGGUCUCAACACGCCCGACAAUGCCCCGCCUGGGGCCCCUGGAGCUGGUGGUCCUGGUGGUCCUGGUGGGUAUCCGUCGGACCCUUACAACCAGGGCAACAUGGGUGGCCAAGGUGCGUACGGUGGUCAGAGUGGCGGCUACGGUGCUCAGCCUGCUUAUGGUGCCCAGGGAGGAUAUGGUUCCCAGCCUCCUCCUCAGCAGCCACCUCAGCAAGAGUACGGUGCUCCCAACAACAAUAACUACGACAAUGGCGAGCCCUCAAGUGAGGACGAGGCCACCGGUGGCGUUGACGAGAGACAGAUGCUUGCUUCCGCGAUCUUUGGUGGCAUCCCUGGUGCUCCGGCACCGAUGCCUGGUGCUCGUCGUGUAGGAUCCAGCACUCGCUCGACCCUCAACUCGAGCCGUCGUUCCGGCCGCUCUUCGUCGAGACGUACAUCGGGUCGUAACGAGCAGCCGCAGCCGCAACAGCCACCGCAGCAGGCCCAAGCUCCUGUGGAGCAAGCGCUGCCACCGCAGCAGCCACAGCAGCCGAAGGUUGAAAUGGACCUCCUCGAUAUCUCGUUCGAUGCCCCUGCAGCGCCACAGAAUACAGGAAUGUUCCAGCAGCAGCAGGCACCUCCACAGCAGCAGCCGAUGAUGAAUGCGGAUCCGUUUGGCAUGGGCUCGCCGCUUGCAUCGCCGCCUGCCCUCGAGGCGAGCUCACCAGCACCCUCUGCAUCUUUGGACCCGUUCGACAUGUCGGGACUCGGCUCCAGCAUGAACGCUGCGGUCGAGCUUGGCAGGAGCGCCACCGGUUUGGAUAUGCUGGGCGGUAGCAGCAGCAACACGAGCGUUUUCCAGUACAACGGACGGCAGCUGGAGCCGUGGCAGAUCACCACGCAGGACUUUGGUGGACGCUGGGGCACUUGCCCGUGCGAGAAGAAGACCAAAGUCAACCCGAGCGGUAUCCGCACGCUCGAGGACUUCAUGGGUCGCAUGCACCAGUUCAAUGUCCACACCGUUGAGGCCAUCCCAGCCACCAACGAGGCGAUUGCAGCGUGCCGUCUGGUGAACUCGGAGCACGUAGGAUUGAUCCACGUGAAGGUCCGCAGUGGCGGCUUCGUGGACCUCACGGUCCGCACGGCCGACAUGAACUUCACCGACCAGCUCCUGGAGGCUGCGGCGCAGCGACUCAAAUAA